AUGGACCUGCUUGCUACCAUCAGGACGUCCCGCUAUCACUGCCGCUUCGCUCCACAGUCGGCUCCACCAAAGAGCCGUGAUACAGGAGGGCGUCCAUGGAGUGCUAUAAUACAAAAGUCCCAGGACAAUAUGAUCAACGUGCCACAAACUCUAGUUGAAGCUACACUGGCUUCAAUUUAUGUAUUUGUCCUAUUCAUUAUUGUCACAUCUAAGCUGAAAGUGUUCAAGAACCCUUUCUACUCCAUGUUUCGAAUUGCUGACGUGACAUCUAUUUCGAUCUGCUGUUUAUUUCGUAUUAACAACGAAAUCCACGGAUUGGGUCCACAGUUCGAGCUUCUGAUUCGGAUUGCUGGUAUACUUGCUAGCGCAUCUUUUGUUGCCCAUAUGCUUGGAAAUAUGCUCAUUGCAAUAAAUCGAUACACAGCACUUUGCCUGAAAGAGAAGUAUGAUAAGGUCAGUGGCUAUAUGAUUAUACACAAGCGGGGGUUCUCCGAACUCGCUUUUGGAAUGAUAUCUGAAAUAACUACAAAUGAUCGCUCGAGCUUUCGCAUGGUUAAAUCUGCACUGGUCAAAAAGGAUCCUCAUUUUGAAGAAUGGUUCACCCCAAUUCGUAUGGAUGGAGGGAUCACACUAUAG